AUGCCUCCCGCGGAGAUCAUCAGCCUCCCUGUCCUGGGGAAAAUGCUUGGAGCCAAUGAGCAGCCAGAGAUGGUGGAUUUUUGCAUACGGCAGGACACGACAGUGAAGGUGCUGAGAGAAAAGCUCAAGGAAUAUGGCCUCCAGUCUACUGGAAAGAAAGUCGACCUCAUCGAACGACUGCGUGAGGCUCCGUCUGAUGUUCCUGGCAAGUUGACCGUGCUUCACAGCCUCUUCCAACCCACACAAAAGGGCACGAGAGGAAGCUACACCGGUAAACGAAUGGCGAAAUUGUCAGCACAGCGCAUCACGUCUAGUGAUGUGCACGGCCCGGCCCGGCUCAAAAGCCGGGGCCACGGCUCGGCUUGA